AUGGCCCUGCCAAGUUUCGCCGUGACCUUUCCCGACUCACUCAACCAUGGUUCACAGAUUGGUGUCGUCCAGAACUCCACGAUCCACAACAACACUAAUAAUACCAUUACCCGACCCGAAACCCCACCGAGCCCUUCAUCCUUUGUCCCUUUUCCCCGCGAUGCACACUUUGUCGAUCGUGGAACAUUGCUGGAUGAGAUUCACGGAAGCUGCUUUGCAAAGACCUCCUGGACGGCGCUUGUUGGGUUCGGUGGUGUCGGAAAAUCUCAACUGGCGAUCGAGUACACGUACCGACUCAGCGAGGAGACACCAGACAUAUGGAUUUUCUGGAUCCAUGCAGGUAAUGCAACCCGCUUCACACAGGAUUUUCAGGAGGUGGCCGAUAUUGUGAAGAUCCCAGAGCGUCACACGCCUGACGCCGACAUAUGUAGCUUGGUUCAUAACUGGCUCCGUAACAAAAAGAACGGCAAAUGGUUGCUCGUUCUUGACAGUCUUGACAAUGCUGACUUUCUGUUCGAGACCCAUCAAGAAAGUGUCAGACGCUCAAAACCUCUUAUUGAGUACCUGCCUCGAACGUCGCAUGGCUCCAUACUCAUCACGACUCGUACAAAAGCCGUGGCAGUGCGGUUUGUGGAAGAGCAAGAUGCGAUCUCUGUCGAACCCAUGAUCAAGAAACAAGCUCUUGCUCUGUUGCGCUUGAAGCUCGGAAAGCUUGGCUUGCAAGAGAACGAUCCCGAUGUAGAGUCGUUAGCUCGUGCGCUUGAGUAUAUGCCUCUGGCUAUUGUUCAAGCGGCAGCAUAUAUCUCUCAACGAGCUCCCCGGUGUACAAUUGGGCAGUACCUGAAGAAGUUCUGGAAAAGUGACAACGGAAAAGAAAUGUUGCUCAGUCACGAAGGCGGCCAUCUGCGCCGCGACCGCGACGCCAAAAACUCGAUCAUUGCUACCUGGCAGAUUUCUUUCGAUCACAUCAAGCACAUCCGACCAUCAUCUGCUGACCUGCUCUCAUUGAUGAGCUUCUUCGAUCCACAGGGGAUUCCGGAGAGUUUGCUCCGAAAUCGAGCCGAAACGAGCGACGAAUGUGAGAGUAUGAGAACAGCUGGGGUUGACGAGGAGGUCGAAGAAGGCAGCUCAUCUGUAUCGAUGGACAUGGACGAGUUUGAAGAGGACAUACUCACUCUGAGAAAUUACUCGUUCAUCUCCCUGAACAUGGACAAAAUCACGUUUCAGAUGCACAGUCUCGUGCAAUUGGCAACGCGGAGGUGGCUCGAACGUCAUGGCCAGUUUGAGAAAUGGAACAUUCAAUACAUCAAAAAUCUCAACAAGUAUUUCCCAGAUGGAGAAUACGAAUCUUGGGCCAAGUGUCGGGUUCUCCUCCCACACGUGAAGGCCGCAAUGACCCAGAAACCAAAAACCGAAGCCACAUUGUUAGAAUGGGCCUCACUAUUGUGCCGUGCAGCAUGGUAUUGCCUGGAAGUAGAAAAUGACACAGAUGCGGCGACCAUGUCAACAGCUUCUAUGGUGGAAAGGAAGAAAGUACUAGGAGAUAUGCACCUAGACACGCUUCUCAGUAUGGGGAUGAUGGGGCUCGCAUAUAAGCGAUGUGGUCGAUGGCGAGAAGCCGAAGAACUGGCAAGGCAAGUUAUGGAAGCCAGAAAGCUAAUUCUGGGAGAGGACCACCCCUCCGUGAUAUCCAGCAUACACAAUCUGGCGUUGUCAUUCAUGCACCAAAGUCGAUGGCAAGAGGCAGAAACACUACUAAGGCCGCUUCCAGAAAAGUUAAAAGAUGUAUGGGGGUCGGCACAUCAUGUUCAACUAAGUAUCAUGGUGAAUCUGGCGAGAGCACAAAUGGAACAAGACAAACUGCAGGAGUCAGAAGAGCUAUCACUUUUCGUUGUGGAGACAAUGAAAGAGUUGCUGGGAACUGAGCAUCCACGCACUCUGGAUAGUAUCCGUCUUCUGGCUGAGGUAUACUUCGAGCAAGGCCGGUGGAAAGAGGCAGAGUUUCUAUUUACAGAGUGUAUGGGAAGUGAAAAGAGGUUAUACGGGGCCAAUAAUCGCACGACGCUGAAAAGCAUGAGUGGGCUAGCAUCAACAUAUCGACUCCAAGGUCGAUUAACGCAGGCAGAAGAGCUAAGCGUUCAAGUGAUGAACACAAGCCUAACGGUACUAGGGGAGAAUCAUCCUGAUACGCUAAGCUUCAUGGAGGAACUGGCGCGCACCUAUAAAGAUCAAGGCCAAUUGAACAAAGCGGAAGAGCUACAGCUACAAGUGGUGAACGCGAGAAAGAAGGUGCUCGGCACUGAGCAUGUAGGUAGUCUGGCGAGCAUAAACAAUUUGGCGGUGAUUUAUUCAAAUCAGGAGAAGCACGUGGAGGCGGAAGAGUUACAAGUGCAAGUGUUUGAGAAAUACAAGAAGCUACUAGGUAGCGAACAUCCAACUACGCUGACCAGCAUGGGGAGUCUGGCAGUGACGUACUGCAAUCAAGGCCGACUGAAAGAGGCGGAACCGCUACAGUUGCAAGCACUGGAGACUGGGAAGAAGGUGCUGGGCGUCGAGCAUCCUAGUACGUUGGAUCGCAUGGCUAAUCUUGCAAUCAUAUACUCGAAGCAAGGGCGACUGAAGGAGGCGGAACAGUUGGGUCUGCAAGCAAUGGAGACUGAGAAGAAGGUGCUAGGCGUCGAGCAUCCUACUACGUUGAAGACAAUGAGUAAGCUGGCAGCGAUAUACAGUCAUCAAGGUCAACUGGAGGAGGCAGAGAAGCUGGAUGUGGAGGUGAUGGAGACAAGCAGGAGGGUGCUGGGACUGGAACAUACAUUCACCUGGCUCAGCGACAUCAGUCUCGCGCACACAUGGAUACGUCUUGGCCGGCUACAAGAAGCAGCAGAGCUAGAGGAGCAGGUGUUGGAGACAACGAGACGCCUCCGUCGACUGGACCAUCCACAUGCACUCGCUUGCAUGAACAACCUUGCUUUCACAAGAAAGACACAGGGCCGGCGAGACGAAGCAAUCAAGCUGAUGGAGGAGUGCGUGCAGCUGAGGUCACAGGUAUUAGGUCCUGGGCAUCCUCACACUCUAUCCUCUUCAGCAGCGUUGACUAAGUGGCGGAUGGAGGAUGUGAGCCCGGCCGACUCAACGCUGCCAGACGUAGUAGAACCGGCGCCUACUGGUGCAAGUGGAUAG